CGCUCCCGCGAGACGCUCACCUGCGCCCCAGGUGAGCGGCGAAGGGGGCGGGGGAAGCGCUGAGCCGGAGGCCGCUCACCUGGCGGGACAGGCAGGUACCUGGCUGCAGGAGACCAUGCAGUGAGCCAUGCCCCGGCCAGGACAGCCCCGCCCAUUAUCUGGGCCACCUCGCUUGGGACCCUGGGAGCAGCCAACAGAGCUAUGCUUGGAGGCGUAUAAUGAAACACCGCAGCACCCACCAGGCCGCCGCACCCGGAGACCAGACCCCAAGGACCCUGGCCACCAUGGGCCAGAGAGCAUUACCUUCAUCUCGGGCUCUGCAGAGCCUGCCACAGAGCCCCCAGCCUGCUGCCUGCUCUGGCGUCCCUGGGGGUGGGACUGGUGUCGGGCUGCUUUCUGCUUCCGCCGCUGCAGGGAUUGCCUCCAGCGCUGCGGGGCCUGUGUGCGGGGCUGCAGCCCCUGCUUGUCUGCUGGGGACUCCACCGAGGAGGCUGCUGAGGCCAGCUGGGCCAAGGAGCACAAUGGAGUACCCCCCAGCCCCGACCGCCCACCCCCUAGCCGCCGGGAUGGCCAGCGGCUCAAGUCUGCCGUGGGCAGCAGCUUCAGCUACCCUGAUGUCAAGCUCAAAGGCGUCCCUGUGUACCCCUACCGCAGCACCACCUCCCCAGCUCCGGACUCGGACUCCUGCUGCAAGGAGCCACUGGCCCAGCCCCCUCCCACGCGGCACAGCCUGCCGAGCACCCUUGCCAGCAGUCCCCGAGGCUCAGAGGAGUACUACUCUUUCCACGAGUCGGACCUGGACCUGCCGGAGAUGGGCAGCGGCUCCAUGUCUAGCCGGGAAAUCGACGUGCUCAUAUUCAAGAAGUUGACCGAGCUGUUCAGCGUACACCAGAUCGACGAGCUGGCCAAAUGCACGUCGGACACGGUGUUCCUGGAGAAGACCAGUAAGAUCUCGGACCUGAUCAGCAGCAUCACGCAGGACUACCAUCUGGACGAGCAGGACGCGGAGGGCCGCCUGGUGCGCGGCAUUAUUCGCAUUAGUACCCGAAAGAGCCGCGCCCGCCCACAGACCUCAGAGGGGCGCUCCACCCGGGCUGCAGCCCCAGCUGCUGCCCCUGACAGUGGCCAUGAGACUAUGGUGGGCUCAGGUCUCAGCCAGGAUGAACUGACAGUGCAGAUCUCCCAGGAGACAACAGCAGAUGCCAUCGCCCGGAAGCUGCGGCCAUAUGGAACCCCAGGGUACCCAGCCAGCCAUGACUCGGCCUUCCAGGGCACUGACACAGACUCCUCAGGGGCACCCCUGCUCCAGGUGUACUGCUAAUCCCUUCUGGGUAUAGCAGCACAACCCUUCUUGGGAGCAACGUAGCCUACAAAAUAAAGAGGCAUCAGGACCUUCUUUGAGGGAGGCUGGACUGUGAGGCCAGAAGCAGUGCCCACUCUAGCUCUUCCUGCCUUCACUGACUGCUUCCUGGACCAUGUGCAUUUCACAGGGCCAAAGUGCCCACAUCCCCAGCUGGCCUGACCCCUGCCUGGACCUAUUCCUUUCUGUGGAUCGAUCAUGGAAAACAAAGACUUAAAGUUAUCUUCCAGGACUGAAUCCCAACUCUGUCCUCGUAAUGUCACCCUAAGCAGUCAUCAUUGCAAACUUGAAGCUUAAGUAGACUGAGUUGUGGGUGGGCAGUGCCCACUUCACCUUAUGCUGCUGAGCAGUUUGUUCUAGCUAACCACCACAGUUGAAAGUACAAAGGUAAUGGACUCCUAUCUUAUAAUCUGGGCUACCACAUAGUCCUUUCUGCCUGCUUUGCCUUGCCUAAUGGCUGCCCAGGAGACAGGACAUGGGUAUGAGGCUGGGCUGUGUGGCAGAGUUGAGGUCAUGAUGUGAAGCAAUACUGCCUGUGUUCCAAGAACAGUGUGGUACCUGAAUAGCUUUUGGAGUUCUCAGUUCUAGGGGUGCUUGUUGGCACCAUCGCUGCUCCCCUUGUCCACUGCCUGCAGGGUGGCCUGUCAGCCAUCCCAGUCCCCCCAAAUCCCUGAUCAUUUGUCAGCAGCCCCCACCCAGUUUAACCCUGCUGCUCCCCUCCACCUCUUCCCUGUGCUAACAGCACAGUGGUUUUCAGUUACCUUGGCCUUUCUUGCAACCCUAGAGUAUAAGGGAACCUGGGGCUGAAAAGUCAAGGAAUUAGUGGGUCACAGAGGUGGUAACUGCGGCUUUGGACCUGGAAGCUAACCUUGGGACAGCAAGAGGCUCCCCUUGCUUGGGCACCAGCAUCCAGCCUAUCCUUCACUGCUCCUCAAACAGGCAUGUCUAAUAGGAUCCUUUCAGCAGAGACUGGGGCAGGUCCACCAACCCAUCUUAAACUAACAAACAAGCUGGAAGAUGUCCAUGGUCUUCCAUUCCUACCCCUUUAUCUGCAGCCCUUUUUAUGUCCCCAUGGGCACCCUUUGGAAAGUGACUAGACAAACUACUUGUUUGUCCAGUUUCCUAUUAGAUACACAGGAUACUCCCCUAGGGCUAUGACCAUGGGGCCCAGUUGUAGCUCCUGCAGUCUAACUGGGCCCUUUCCUCAGGCUCUGUUGUCCCAUCUAGGUCAAGGCCUGAGAAUAAAACCAGGCUGGGGUGUGUGUAGCUCAGUGGCAGCAUUUGUCUAGUAGUCAGGUCCUCCCUGGGUUUGAUUUCCAUCCAACCAACUGCAGAGCACCAGAGUAGGAGAGUGACACCAGUCCCUCCACUCCAGCCUCAGCCGUAAAACACCUUUUUCUAGUAAACAGCCUUGUGAACUAUCA